UAAACGGGGGAAUUGCACUCUAAAAUCGCCAUCAAGGAAGAGGUUCGGAAGUGGACACGCCAGGCCAAGGAAGAAACCGAUGGAAAGGCUGCUACCAAAGGGAUGCGAAAGAAUAUACGUACUCGCAGCAGUAUGGCCCUAUUUAUACAAUUUGUAGUUGUGUAGCUCUGACUAUUUUGAUGGUCUUUCGUUUCACAACGCGAAGCCACUGGGUUUAAGACUUUACUGCUUCCUCGUCCGCCUUCUCUCUCUCCUCCACUCAACUUUGACUUAAGUCCACCUAGCUCUGGUUUCCAGGCGCCGGUCUCCCGUCCUUCCCAGGGACGUUUGUGUGAGUGAGGGGAGGGGGGCAGGCAGGUGAAGGACAGUGUCAUGUUGGUUGUCCUUCGCCGUGGGUGAAGAGGAGGAGGGAUUGACAGGGGGGGACGUGCGUCGCCAAAGGCCGCUCGUGGCUGGUUUCAGCUGACAUGAAGCUCAAACAGCGCGUGGUGCUACUGGUCGCCUUGCUGCUGCUGCUGGGCCUGGGCAAGAUCUUCCUGCUGGAUGGAAGUGAGGGCACCGCAGCCAGCCGCAGAGACCUCCGGGCAUUUCGCAAGAUGGAGGCGGGCCUGACGCUGUCCCGCGCCGCCCAGCUGACCCACACGCUUCAGUCUCCCUGGGAGAUCGCCAGCCAGUGGGUGGGCCCGCGGGAGGUGUACCCCGAGGAGACCCCUGAGCUAGCGGCUGUGCUCACGUCCCUUAGCACGGCCAGGAUCGAGCGGGCCGAUGUGGGCUACAAGGGCACCCAGCUCAAGGCUCUGCUGGUGCUGGACGGUGGGCAGAAGGUGGUCUUCAAGCCCAAGAGAUACAACAGAGACUAUGUGGUGGAGGGGGAACCGUACGCAGGCUACGACAGACACAACGCAGAGGUGGCUGCGUUCCACCUCGACAGGAUCCUGGGCUUCAGGAGAGCGCCCCUAGUGGUGGGAAGAUUUGUCAAUCUGCUCACCGACAUCAAACCCGUGGCCACGGAUCAACUGCUGAGCACGUUCCUCACCCAGGGUAACAACACGUGUUUCUAUGGCAAGUGUUACUACUGUCGCGAGAGCGAGCCAGCCUGCGGCGUGGGCGAGUCGAUGGAGGGCUCUGUGACACUGUGGCUCCCAGAUGUGUGGCCCUUGCAGAAGCAUCGGCACCCCUGGGGCCGCACGUACAGGGAGGGGAAGCUGGCCAGGUGGGAGUACGAUGAGAGCUACUGCGAGGCGGUAAAGAAGAUGCCGCCGUACGACGCAGGGCCGCGUCUGCUGGACGUCAUUGACACAUCCAUAUUCGAUUACCUCAUCGGAAACGCCGACCGCCAUCACUACGAGAGUUUCCAGGACGACGGGGGGGCGAGCAUGCUCAUUCUGCUGGAUAACGCCAAGAGUUUUGGAAAUGCCGCUCUGGAUGAGCGCAGCAUUCUGGCGCCUCUCUACCAGUGUUGUAUGGUUCGGCUCUCCACCUGGAACAGGCUGAACCUGCUGAGGAGCAGGUCGCUGAGCGCCGCCUUGCGCCAGGCCCUCACCUUUGACCCGCUCCAGCCCGUGCUGGCGGAACCCCACCUAGCGGCCCUGGACAGGCGCCUCGCGGGCGUCAUAGCGACGGUGAAGCAGUGCAUCGAGUCCCAGGGUCCAGACAACACCCUGAUAGAGGACCGGAUAAACCUGCCCCAUCCCUAGACACCGGCAGGGGAAAACACCACCAGCGUCUGGAGGGGGGGUGGUGGUGUUGGUGGACGUCAGAGCGGUUUUUAUGAGGUCCUGUCCUUUUAAGAAUUGAUACGUUGGUUGGUUUUUAAAACAUGGACAGCGGUCAGGCAAAGGGGGGAGCAUCUACCCUCAGUCCCAUCUGAUGUUUUCUGACUCUCUGUGCUGCUGUUGGUGAGUCUGUCCUCAAUCAGUUCCUGGGCUCGCCCCAGGUCAGUCGGUCAACUCCAGCCUGCCCAGCGAUGGGGACCAUUAUCUUGUGCCAAAAAAAAAAAAAAAAACGUCCCAAAACACAUCCCUCGCAGAUAUUUCCCUCUGGUGGAGAAAA